AUGGAGCCUCGUGUGAUUGCCGGUCUGUUCGUCUUACUGUAUCUGUGCUGUCCAGUUUAUGCUCAAGUAGCCUCUUUAUGCCGGCCAAAGGAACAGUUCCUCAUGUGUGGGUGUCAGAAGACAUGCAGGAACCCGGCUGUGGACUGCUCUGGCGUCUGCAAGAUCGGUUGCUACUGUCAGAAAGAUGAAUAUCGAAAUGAUGAAGGACUGUGUGUUAAGUUAGCUGACUGUCCACCGAUCAAGUCAGCAUUUACACAAGAAACGAGUGAGCCCAGAGAAAAUGAAGGAAAAUGCCCGGAGAACGAAGAGUACCGCUUCUGUGAGCCUUGCGCCAAGAGCUGCGAAAAUCCCAACCCAAUUUGUCCAGCUCAGUGCAUGAGGGGAUGCUUCUGUGUCGAAGGCAUGCUUAGAAACGACAAAGGAUUAUGCGUUAAGCCUGACAAGUGUCAAAACUUGACUACUCCACAACCAAUAGUGUACCAGAUGACCUGCAACUCACUCCAGGUCUACAAGCAGUGUGAGACCUGCGAACGGACCUGCAGUGACCCGAACCCUAAAUGCCCUUCGCCUUGCAAAACAGGGUGUUUCUGUGAACAGGACUACGUAAAGGGCCCUGAUGGCCAAUGUAUGAAGUUGGAGAAUUGUCCUAAAGCGGAGAUGACAUUCGGGGUACCCGGGUCGCCGACCAUCGAAGACUGUGCCCCAGACGAGGAAUAUUUCUCCUGCGGUUGGUGUGAGCCGAGCUGUUCUCACCCAAACCCAUCAUGUCCGAACAAAGUGUGCACCACGGGAUGUCUUUGCCGACCGCCACUGUUGAGACAUCAUAGUGGACAUUGUGUGGAAGAGAAGGAUUGUAUUCCACAAAAGUGUACUCAUCAAAACGAGGAGUUCGUCUGUCGGUACGGCUGUGAGCUGCGCUGCGAACCGCGCCGGUUCCACUGCGCGAUGCGCACGCGCCGGUGCAUACUAGGCUGUCACUGUAAAUUAGGGUUAUACCGUGACAGUUUCAAUGGAAAUUGCGUUACUAAAGAACAGUGUGGCAAUGCUACUGUAAGUAGUUUUACUGCUGUGAAAAAUACUAUUUUUAGUGUAUUUAACUAUAGCGAACCUGAUGUAACUGGACAUACUCCAUUUAAGAUAGAUGUCGAUUAA